UGCCGCUUUAGUUGCCGCCGGAUAGCCUAGUACUUUUGUGGCACUCGUUUUCACGGCAGGCGACCGCCACCAGGCUGUCCUUCGGCAAUGCCGGACCUAGCGUGGGCUUGGUUUGCUGCUGUUGUCGUGUGCAUCGUCUGUAGCGCCGUCUCAUGGGCGAUUAGGCAACGUCGGAAGUGUUUCAAGGACUUCGAAGGCACGCGAAUACCGACGGUGCCACUCAGAAGUCUUGUCAACGGCAACGCGGAUGAAUACUGGAAGCCGACCACAAUCGAGAGCAUCGGACGAUGGUUGAAGGAAUACGGCGACGUUUUUGGGUUUUACCUCGGCGACGCUCCUAUUGUCGUUGUGAAGGACUUAGACAUGAUUGAUAAGAUGUUCGUCAAAGAUUUGAAGAACUUUACUGCCCGAGGACACACCAUGCACGUCCACGAACUACAACCAGCCUUCGUCCGCAACAUACUGUUCACCAAGGGCAAUGUCUGGAAGGACAUGCGAAACACUAUGGCACAGUUCUUCACGCAGUCGAAACUCAAGACGGUGAUGCCCUCAUUGAUGGAUGCCCAAAACCGUUUUAUCGAGAUUCUCGAUGAGUGCGCAGACCAGGGCAAGGAAGUCGACAUCAACACGCUGUGCGAGCGCCUGACUUUCGACGUGGUCUCAAAGACAGCGUUCGGAAUCGACACCAACGUGCAACGCAACCCGCAGUACCCGCUAUUUCAGAUUGCACUGGUGACCGUUCCAAGUUUCAUGGCGGGAUUUUUCUAUAGGCUCGCCCAAAAUCUAUUCCACUGGCCAUGGCUAUUUAAGGCAUUCUCACAAGUGAUCGAUGUGUUCUACGUGAACCCUAUGGUUGCCAUGACAAAGAAGGCAGUCGAUGUCAUCGAAUUCCGACGCCAGAACCCUCAGCUGGUUCUGCCUGACAUGGCGCAAAUUCUUCUGGACGACGCACUUGAAAGGAAAACCGAGGAAUUGAAGAAAAAGAACGAACCCAUCAAAACUCCUAUUUCGCUUCCUAUGGAAACAAUGACCGAUAUAGCGACAAACUGCAUGAAUAUAUUUCUUGGAGGGUACGAUCCGACGAGACUGGCACUAACCUAUUGGUUUUACGUCAUGGGGCGAUACCCCGAUAUUCAAGAGAAAAUGAGAACAGAGGUGUUGGAUGCAUUCAAAAAGGAGGGUGACGAACUGUCGAUGCACACCCUUUUGAAUCUUCCUUACACAAACCAGGUGAUAUCUGAGACACUUCGGAUGUAUCCGCCACUUGUCACGCUUAUUGCGCGAGGAUCGGACGAGGAUUUCCAAUGUGGCAAGUACCUAAUCAAGAAAGGCAUGUCGAUUAUGUCGCCAACUUACCAAUUGCAUUAUGACCCUCAGUACUGGACCAACCCAGAAAAGUUUGACCCCGAAAGGUUCAGCCCGGAAAACAAGCACCUUGUCAACCCUAUCGCCUACCAACCCUAUGGUCUCGGUUUGCGCAUGUGCAUCGGCCACCGCCUUGCACUGGUCGAGCUUCCUUCGGUCACUGCUCAAGUCUUGCGCCAUUUUCGCAUCACUCUGGGACCCAGUCAGGCGGUAAGCCAAAAAGAGCAGGUCUAA